AUGGCGUCUGCCUCCUCUGGCUCGUCGGCGGUAGGGUGUUCAUCUGCGGAUUCCGGCGUCCCUCCCUGCACCUCGGCCUCAGGUCUCCACUUUCUGUGCUGUGGGGUCAACCGUAAGAGAGCAUCUGGAAUCAAGAGACCCACGGCAUCUGAGGUGCCUUAUUCCUCUGGCAUGUCCAUGAAGAAAAUAGGUCACCGAGGUGUUGAUUCCUCAGGAGAGACAACAUAUAAAAAGACAACCUCAUCAGCCUUAAAAGGUGCCAUCCAGUUAGGCAUUACUCACACUGUGGGAAGCCUGAGUACCAAACCAGAGCGGGAUGUCCUCAUGCAAGACUUCUAUGUGGUGGAGAGUAUUUUCUUCCCAAGUGAAGGCAGCAACCUGACCCCUGCUCAUCACUACAAUGACUUUCGAUUCAAGACCUACGCACCUGUUGCCUUCCGAUACUUUCGGGAGUUAUUUGGUAUCCGGCCUGAUGAUUACUUGUACUCCCUCUGCAAUGAACCACUGAUUGAACUCUGCAACUCUGGGGCUAGUGGUUCCCUCUUCUAUGUGUCCAGUGAUGAUGAGUUCAUCAUAAAAACAGUCCAGCACAAAGAGGCGGAGUUUCUACAGAAGCUGCUUCCAGGAUACUACAUGAACCUCAACCAGAACCCUCGGACUUUGCUGCCUAAGUUCUAUGGACUGUACUGUGUGCAGGCAGGUGGUAAGAAUAUUCGAAUUGUCGUGAUGAACAAUCUCUUACCACGGUCAGUCAAGAUGCAUAUCAAGUAUGACCUCAAGGGCUCAACAUACAAAAGGCGAGCUUCCCAAAAAGAGCGAGAGAAACCUCUCCCUACCCUUAAAGAUCUGGACUUCUUACAAGACAUCCCUGAUGGGCUCUUUUUGGAUGCCGAUAUGUACAAUGCUCUAUGCAAGACCCUGCAGCGUGACUGUUUGGUGCUGCAGAGCUUCAAGAUAAUGGACUAUAGCCUCCUGGUGUCAAUCCAUAACAUAGAUCAUGCGCAGCGAGAGCCUUUAGGCAGUGAAGCGCAGUGUUCAGCUGAUACUCGCAGACCAGCCCCCCAAAAGGCUCUCUAUUCCACAGCCAUGGAAUCUAUCCAGGGCGAGGCUCGGCGAGGUGGCACCAUGGAGACCGAUGACCAUAUGGGUGGCAUCCCGGCCCGGAAUAGUAAAGGGGAAAGGCUGCUGCUUUAUAUUGGGAUCAUUGACAUUCUGCAGUCUUACAGGUUUGUUAAGAAGUUGGAGCAUUCUUGGAAAGCUCUGGUACAUGAUGGGGACACCGUAUCAGUGCAUCGCCCCAGCUUCUAUGCUGAACGGUUCCAGCGUUUCAUGUGCACUACAGUUUUUAAGAAGAUUCCCUUGAAGCCCUCUCCUUCCAAAAAGUUUCGGUCUGGCUCAUCUUUCUCUCGGCGAGCAGGCCCCAGCGGCAACUCCUGCGUAACUUACCAGCCAUCAGUCUCUGGGGAACACAAGGCACAAGUGACAACAAAGGCGGAAGUGGAGCCAGGCGUCCACUUGGGUCGUCCUGAUGUUUUACCUCAGACUCCACCUUUGGAGAAAAUCAGUGAGGUCUCGACUAUUCCUGACCCCUAUUUCUCACCUGUAGUUGGAGAGACUUUGCAAGCGCUAACUACAAGUUCAACCCUCUUGGAAAAACAUGAAGUUCCAGAGUCAGAGUUCGUCCAUUGA